UAAGCAGCAAAGCUGAGCUUCGGAUUACGUGUAUGCAAUUUUAACUCGAAGAGCUACUUCUGUUCCUCAGAUUCCUUGUCUUUCGGUGGAGUCUUUGCUUCCUUCCAGUCCUGCAGGAUUUUUUUUUUUCCUCUCACAAAAUUCAAGUCGGCCUUUAAACUUAAGAUAGCCCCGCCUCCCUCGGUGAAGACUCCGAAGUCAUGUCUACAGGACCUUUUCUACCCGCAAGUGAAGAGGGAAAUUCUGUUUCAGCACCCAGUUUUAGAUCAAAACAAAGGAAGAUGUUACACCUACUUUUGGAGAGAAACACUUCUUUUACCAUCCGUUCAGAUUUCCCAGAAUCUCCGGGAGAUAAACUCCAUGACUCGGCAAACCUAAGCAUUCUGUCGGGAGGAACCCCAAAAUGUUGCCUUGACCUUUCGAAUCUUAGCAAUGGAGAGAUGUCUGCUUCUCAGCUUACUACUUCUGCUGACCUUGAAGAAAAUGGUUCUUUGGAUUCAUCAGGACCUCAGGAUGUACAGGUAGCUGGCAAGGAUUUUCACCAGGACAUUAUAAAAGGCAUCCCAGUACAGCUUCUUUGUAGUACUCCAAAUGCUUUGGAUCAUGCACACAGAAAGAAGGAUGCGAAGCAUAGCACAUCUGCACAUAAAGAAAAUAUAAACACCAGUUUACAGACAUUGGAAUGGGAGGCUCCUAGAACCCCGAGGUUUAGGAAAAUGCAUGGAAGUCCUCUGGCUUCUCCUCUCUGUGAGCUGGAAAAUGAAAUCUUGGUGGAAAGUGAAAUGAAGUAUCUGGGCAGUCCUAUUACUGCAGUUCCAAAGCCGAGUCAAAAUCUAAAGCUAGAAGACCAAGGAGGGACUUCAGAAGACCCAAUGGAGUGUUCCCUGAAAGGCCAAGGAGGGACUUCAGAAGACCCAAUGGAGUGUUCCCUGGAAGGCCAAGAUACCAAGGGCUUAAGUCUAAAGAAGAUGGUCCCUCUCUGUGACAUGAAUGCCAUUCAGAUGGAGGAGGAAGAUUCUGACUCAGAGCAUCUGAUUGGUGAUUUCUCAAAGGUGUGUGUGCUGCCAACAGUGCCAGGGAAACACCAGGAUCUGAAGUAUAUCAGCCCAGACACAGUGGCUGCUUUGCUGUCUGGAAAGUUCCAGAGUGUGAUUGAGAGGUUUUAUAUCAUUGAUUGCCGCUAUCCGUAUGAGUACCUGGGAGGACACAUCCUGGGAGCCUUAAACCUGUACAGUCAGAAGGAACUACAUGAGUUCUUUCUGAGGAAGCCUGUUGUCCCUCUGGACACCCAGAAAAGAGUCAUCAUUGUGUUCCUCUGUGAAUUCUCCUCAGAGAGAGGCCCCCGAAUGUGCCGUUCUCUGAGAAAAAAAGAUAGGGCUCUGAACCAGUACCCGGCACUAUAUUACCCCGAGCUGUAUGUCCUCAGAGGGGGCUACAGAGACUUCUUUCCAGAAUAUAUGGAGCUGUGUGAACCGCAGAGCUACUGUCCCAUGCUUCACCAGGACCACCAGGCUGAGCUGCUGAGCUGGAGAAGCCAGAGCAAAGCCCAGGACGGGGAGCGGCAGCUGCAGGAACAGAUUGCCCUUCUGGUGAAGGGUGUGAGCCCGCAAUAGUGACUAUAAUAGUGGCAGUGAAGACACUACACUCCCUGAACAGGAGGAGUCAUCUUCCAUGUCGCUAACCCCAUGAUUGUGUCUGCAGACACGGUCAUAGCCAGGCGUGCUACAAAUGCCUUCAGUCCUCCCAGCACUAAGGAGGCAAAGGCAGGAGUAUCUUUGAGUUGGGGAAGUCUGGUCUACAUGUGACUCUGUCUCAAAAACAAAACAAACAAAACCCAUUAAACAGAAACCUGUAGGUGUCUGUAGGCCCCAGCUUGUCAUGCUGAUGAAGUGCUGGGCUUGGGAGCCAUGGAGCCGCUGGCCGGAUUCCAGGCGCUGAGCAGAGAUGUUUGCAUUGCUUUUGAGAGUUCUCUUCCCAAUCCCCCGUAUCUUGUCACAAGCAGCUCCUCUGCACAGGCUUCUGGCUUUUUAAGAACAUUGACUUCCCUCUUUGUAUUUUC